GACGGGACCAUUGCGGGGCGGGGGGUGUCCGGUUGGCUCCGCCGGGCUCGGCUCGGCGCCCAUCGGCCGGGAUGGACCUGGGGCCGCUGCGGAAGAGCUACCGGGGGGACGAGGAGGCCUUCGAGGAGCAGAACUUGGUCUCCCGUGACCCCAUCCAGCAGUUCCGAGCCUGGUUCGAGGAGGCCGUGAGCUGCCCGGACAUCGGGGAGGCCAAUGCCAUGUGCUUGGCGACCUGCACCAGGGACGGGAAGCCCUCGGCCCGCAUGGUGCUGCUGAAGGGCUUCGGGCAGGAUGGUUUCCGCUUCUUCACCAACCACGAGAGCCGCAAGGGGAAGGAGCUGGAUAUGAAUCCCUUCGCCUCCCUGGUCUUCUACUGGGAGCCCCUCAACCGGCAGGUCCGCAUCGAGGGCUCGGUGAAGCGGCUGCCGGAGGAGGAAUCGGAGCGGUACUUCCAUUCCCGCCCCAGGAGCAGCCAGAUCGGGGCUGUGGUGAGCCGGCAGAGCACCGUCAUUCCAGACAGGGAGUACCUAAGGAAGAGGAACGCGGAGCUGGAGGAGCGGUACCGGGACGUGCCGGUGCCGAAGCCGCCGUACUGGGGGGGUUACAUCCUGCACCCGGACGUGGUGGAGUUCUGGCAGGGGCAGACCAACCGCCUGCACGACCGCAUUGUCUUCCGGCGGCUGCGGGACGGCUCCGAGCCCCUGGGUGCCAUGAGCCACCUCGGCGAGGGCCCGUGGGUCUUCGAGCGCUUGUCACCCUGAUGCCACCGCUGUCCCCUGGCCAUUGGGAGCGUUGUCCGUGCUUAUCCCUUGGGAAUGGGGUCGGAAGCUGCCCUGCUCCGCACCCAGCACUGGGAGGGGGGGUGCUGUGGGUGUGUGGGGCUCUGCUCCAGCCCCAUUGACCGGCUCCUUCCCCACCUGCUCCUGCUGAAUUCAUCACGUUCAUGGUUGUGGAUGGACCAAGACAGACCUCAAUGAUCCCCAACCCCGACACCACUGGUUAGAGCCCUGGGAGUGUGCAAGAACUGAUUUAAUUGUGCAAUAAUUUAUUGAAUCGUGGCAUUAACGCCACCCGUGCUCGUGGCUGUGCGUUGCCACCACCGCAUCCCAUCUCCCUGUAAGCAGGGGACCCCAUCCUGGGGGUUCCUCUCCCUGUUCCCCCCCCCUGCUUGGCCAAGCUUGGACAUAAUAAAUCCCAAUCAUUGCA